GCGUCAUAGACGCGCCAAAAAAGAACUCUGGAGUAACCUGGAGUUUAGCUUGUGGUGUUGGACUCGGGCUUUACCCGCCUUGCGUCUCGCGUUCCGGUGCUCGGCGACCCUGGCACCCGGGCUGCUCUGGAACCUGAGUGUCCGCGUAGCCCUGCGUGCGCGUGCGCACCGCCUAGGCCCGGUCGCUGGCUGGGAGGACUCGGGGACUCCGGCAAUUAGGACGACGGGACGCGAAUGAAGUCAGGGACUGCGGGUGGCUUACUUCCCUAAAUAUAUGUUGGACUUGCCACCGUUCCCCCGAGUGCUGUUGACCUUUAGAAGACAUGAGUGGUGCAUAUAGAGGAAGAGGUUUUGGACGGGGAAGAUUCCAAAGCUGGAAGAGAGGAAGAGGUGGCGGGCGCUUCUCAGGAAGCUGGAGAGAAAGAGAGGACAGAGCUGACCCGAGUAAAGCCACAGGAAAGCACACUUCUGAACAGACUUCACAGCCUUUAAGUCUACAGUCAACGUUGGAUCAGUUUAUACCGUAUAAGGGCUGGAAGCUUUAUUUCUCUGAAGUUUACAGUGAUAACUCUCCUUUUAUUGAGAAGAUUCAAGCUUUUGAGAAAUUUUUCACAAGGCAUAUUGACCUUUAUGAUAAGGAUGAAAUAGAAAGAAAGGGAAGCAUUUUGGUGGACUUUAAAGAGCUGACAAAAGAUGAUGAAAUAACUAACUUGAUACCAGAUAUAGAAAAUGCAUUAAGAGAUACCCCUGAGAAAACCUUGGCGUGUAUGGGUAUGGCAAUACAUCAGGUAUUAACCAAGGACCUUGAACGGCAUGCAGCUGAGUUACAAGCUCAAGAGGGAUUGUCUAAUGAUGGGGAAACCAUGGUAAAUGUGCCACAUAUUUUUGCAAGAGUGUACAACUAUGAGCCCUUAACACACCUCAAGAGCAUCCGAGCAAACUGCUAUGGGAAGUACAUCUCUGUAAGAGGGACUGUGGUUCGAGUCGGUAACAUCAAGCCUCUCUGCACCAAGAUGGCUUUCCGUUGUGCUGCAUGUGGAGAGAUCCAGAGCUUCCCUCUUCCCGAUGGGAAGUACAAUCUUCCUACAAAGUGUCCUGUGCCUGCCUGUCGAGGGAAGUCCUUUGCUCCUCUGCGCAGCUCUCCGCUCACAGUUACAGUGGACUGGCAGUUGAUCAAGAUACAGGAGCUGAUGUCUGAUGCACAGAGAGAAGCAGGGCGGAUCCCUCGAACAAUCGAAUGCGAACUCGUUCAUGAUCUUGUAGAUAGUUGUGUCCCAGGAGAUACAGUGACGAUUACUGGAAUUGUCAAAGUCUCAAAUACCGAAGAAGGUUCUCGGAAUAAGAACGAUAAGUGCAUGUUCCUUUUGUACAUCGAGGCAAAUUCUGUUAGCAACAGCAAAGGACAGAAAUCUCAGACUGCAGAGGACGGAUGUCAGCAUGGGACACUGAUGGAGUUCUCACUUAAAGACCUCUAUGCCAUCCAAGAGAUUCAGGCCGAAGAGAACCUGCUGAAGCUCAUUGUCAACUCACUUUGUCCUGUCAUAUUUGGUCAUGAACUUGUUAAAGCAGGUUUGACGUUAGCGCUCUUUGGCGGUAGCCAGAAGUACGCAGAUGACAAAAACAGGAUUCCUAUUCGAGGAGACCCACAUAUCCUGAUUGUUGGAGAUCCAGGCUUGGGGAAGAGUCAGAUGCUGCAGGCAGCAUGCAAUGUGGCGCCCCGUGGUGUGUAUGUCUGUGGAAAUACCACCACCAGCUCUGGUCUGACUGUAACUCUUUCAAAAGACAGUUCCUCUGGAGAUUUUGCUUUGGAAGCUGGUGCUCUGGUACUUGGUGACCAAGGCAUUUGUGGAAUCGACGAAUUUGAUAAGAUGGGGAAUCAACAUCAAGCCCUGUUAGAAGCCAUGGAACAGCAGAGCAUUAGCCUUGCUAAAGCUGGUGUGGUUUGCAGCCUCCCUGCAAGGACUUCCAUUAUUGCCGCUGCAAAUCCAGUUGGAGGACACUACAAUAAAGCCAAAACAGUUUCUGAGAAUUUGAAGAUGGGGAGUGCCCUACUGUCCAGAUUCGAUUUGGUCUUUAUCUUGUUAGAUACGCCAAAUGAGCAGCAUGACCACUUACUUUCUGAACACGUGAUCGCAAUAAGAGCUGGGAAGCAGAAAACCAUUAGCAGUGCCACAGUAGCUCGGACGCUCAGUCAAGAUUCAAACACUUCGGUACUUGAAGUAGUUUCCGAGAAACCAUUAUCAGAAAGAUUAAAGGUGGCCCCUGCAGAGAAAAUAGAUCCAAUUCCACAUCAGCUGUUGAGGAAGUAUGUUGGUUAUGCACGGCAGUAUGUCCACCCAAGGCUGUCCAUAGAAGCUGCCCAGGCUCUUCAGGACUUCUACCUGGAGCUCCGCAAGCAGAGCCAAUGCAUGAGCAGCUCACCCAUCACCACCCGGCAGCUGGAAUCUUUGAUCCGUCUCACAGAGGCACGAGCAAGGUUAGAAUUGAGAGAGGAAGCAACUAAAGAAGAUGCUGAAGAUAUAAUUGAAAUUAUGAAACAUAGCAUGCUAGGAACUUACUCAGAUGAAUUUGGGAACCUGGAUUUUGAGCGAUCCCAGCACGGCUCUGGAAUGAGCAACAGGUCAACAGCAAAAAGAUUUAUUUCUGCUCUUAACAGCAUUGCUGAAAGAACUUACAACAAUAUAUUUCAAUAUCAUCAACUUCGUCAGAUUGCCAAAGAACUAAACAUUCAGGUUGCCGUUUUUGAAAACUUCAUUGGAUCACUGAAUGACCAGGGUUACCUCUUAAAAAAAGGCCCAAAGAUUUACCAACUUCAAACUAUGUGACAAACUUACCAAGUCAGGGCCACCUGUAGUUUAUUAUACCUUAAAAUCAUCUUAAUUAAAAAACUGAAAAUAAAAGGUCUGAAAAAUGGCAUAUAACUCAUAAUGAAAAAAUGUUAGUUAUGGUCAGCUGAGAAGUGGUGAGAUUGUACAUUAGUAAUCCAUAAUUUAUCCAGAAGACUAAAAGUAAAAUGUUUGUAUUAUUUUAUCUAAAUAACAUGAACAUUAUUUAUACUUUUUCUUGUCAUUUUUUAUUAGUGUUUCAUAGUCUUGUAUAUCAGGUGUCUCUCAGGCAUCCAGGUAAUAUAUAAACAAAUGAGUAUUAUUUUUGUGAAACUUUAUUUAUAUUAAACUUUGAAUUUC